AUGCCUAACACCGAUAUAGAGAUUGAUAAUUUGAAACAAAAAAUCAAGAUUCCAAGACCCAAAAAUGCAUUUAUUCUAUUUAGACAACAUUAUCAUAAAGAACUUAUAGAUGACUGGUCUAAAAAUGGUGUUCAUAUUCCACAUAAUUCAGAAAUAUCAAAGAUUUUGGGUCAUAAAUGGAAAAAUAUUACUGAAAAGGAAAGAGAAUACUGGAGUGAUAUGGCUAAAGAAGAGAAAAAGCAACAUGGUAAGAAAUAUCCUCAAUAUAAGUAUAAACCAACUCGAAGAAAAUCGAAAAAGAGUAAAUAUUUCAAUGCAGAUAUCAUGGAUAUUACAACAGAUGAACAUGAAAAAUGUAUAGCAAACAAUCCUAAUACUCCACGUCUUUCUAUCCCACCACAACAAAUGAAUACACUAUAUUAUAAUCCAUCAAACACUUUGAGUACAGGUUCAUUCACUUCUACAUUUUCUACCUUCUCACCUCCAUCUCGAAGUAACGAAAGACUAGUGACUGUAGUUCCUAAAAUAGGUAGAGCAAAUUCAUAUUCACCUUCAAUAAAUUCAAUCCCUUCUCAAUCUUCUAAUAGUUCAUUUAUGACAUCAAUAAAUAAUAAUAAUAAUAAUAAUAAUAAUAAUAAUGAAUAUAAGGGCAUAAAUUCAUUACCUCCAUAUUCUAUGGUAAUCAACAACGCUAGACCAACUUCUCUACCGAGCAUCUUACCAUCUAAUAUGCCAUUAGGUAACAGACGUCUUGGUUUGCAUAAUCCAAAUAAUUAUAAUUCAAUCAACAACUUGAACAUAAUUGCUUUCAACAAUAAUAGAGAUAUUAGAAAAUUUAAUCACACCAAUAAUACCGGUAUUGCUAAUAUUAAUAAUAAUAUUCAUAAUAAUAAUGCGAUUCCUUCAUUCUACGAUCAAACGAUAAAUACGUUUGUAAACGCUAACAAUAUCACAACUAUUAAGUCAGAUACUCCUAGUAAUAAUACUAAUCAUAACGAUAUUUACAAUAUUCCAAAUACUAAACCACAAUUCCGUAAUGUUUCAUUCAAGAAUAAUACUCUACCGCCUUUACUAUUGCCACCUUUAAAUCCACAAUCCAAUUAUUCAAUGCAACAAACUUCCCAAAACCCAACUCCUUUAUUAGCUUUACCUAAUAAAGUUAAUUAUACGCCACAACUUACUAUUAAAAAUGACAAUCCAGAUGCUAAUAACAUAAGUACUGUCCAAUGA